UGUGCAAAGUUUGGUCCAAAUUGAAUCAUACCUUAUUCUCUUUGAGCAAGGGCAUUAUCGUAAAAACAAAUACUAAAACCCAGUUUUAAACCCUAGGAAAACCCUUUCACUAUCCUUCCAAGUUCCAAGUCCUAUCUGUUUAUCACCCUCAACGCGGUCAACGCAACGCAACCGUAAUGGGGAAGAAGAAGCAGAAGGAGAAGAUAGUUCUUCCACCGGACCUCCCGCCGGAGAUUCCCGACGACGAGGUCGAGGUCUCCGAUGAGGACCUCCAGUUCGUCAAUGAGAAUCGCGGUUACGCUUCCUUAUUCUCCACCCUUGACACGCAAUCAAUCACCAAGCAUGUUACUCGAGUUGCUGAUGCUAAAGAUGAUGCUUUGGAGAAACUUUAUGAGAAACGGCUGCGAAAGAAUGCUCUCAAGAAGGAAAAAGAAGAAACAGGAAUACAGGUUGACCGAGUUGAUGUUCUUCCAAUCAAGUCUUUGGAUGGACAACUCCAUUACCGGACAGCUACAAAAGCAGAAUCACAAAAUGGUCCAAGUGAAGAGGAAACGGGAGAGGAUGUAAAUGAACACCACAAGCCACUAUCUACUUGUUUGAUUCUGAACAUUUUUCUUGCUGAGGUAAAAGAAGAUCUUACAACUGAGGAGGUUUUUGAAUCUAAGAAGUGUAAACUUGCAGAGUUGGGAAAUGCAUUACUUACAGACCCUGAGUCCAAUAUUAAAUUUCUGAAGGAUAUGCUACAGAUAUCUAAAGACAAUGAUCCUACCAUUGUUAAACUUGGACUUCUGUCACUCUUGGCUGUAUUUAAAGAUAUUGUCCCUGGCUAUCGAAUAAGGCUUCCUACUGAGAAAGAACUGGAAAUGAAGGUUUCAAAGACUGUGAGAAAGAUGCGUUACUAUGAAUCAACUUUACUUUCGGCAUACAAGGCAUACCUGCAAAGGCUGAUGUACUUAGAAAAGAAGCCCUUAUUUCAACUUGUAGCAGUACGUUGUAUUUGUAAAUUGCUCGACAUACAUCCUCAUUUCAACUUCAGGGAAAACCUGUUGGAUGCUACUGUCAGAAACAUAAGCUCUACUAAUGAGGCCAUAAGGAAACUUUGUUGUUCUACAGUUAAAUCAUUGUUUACAAAUGAGGGUAAACAUGGUGGUGAGGCUACUGUAGAGGCUGUUCGAUUGAUUGCCGAUCUUGUCAAGGCUAAUAAUUGUCAGUUGCAUCCUGAUUCUGUUGAGGUGUUUUUGUCUCUUUCAUUCGAUGAGGAUCUUGGGAAGACUGAGAAGAAAGACGAGGAUCAGAAAUUUAAAAACAAGAAAAAUAAGAAGAGAAAAAACAUGGAGGCAUCAAAUCAGUUGCCAGAUAAUGAUAGAAAGAGAAGUAAGCAUGAAAUGAUCUCUAAGACAAAAGAGGAGGUUGAAGCUGAGUACAAGGCUGCAUCGUUUGCCCCAGAUGUUAUGGAGAGGAGACAAAUGCAAUCUGAAACACUCUCUGCCGUGUUUGAGACGUAUUUUCGCAUUUUGAAGCACACGAUGCAUUUUAUAGCAACCAGGCCUGAAGUAAAUACUGGGGCAUCAUCUGCUGCAGUGGAAUCCCACCCAUUGUUUGCUCCUUGUCUCAAAGGACUGGGAAAGUUUUCACAUUUGAUUGACCUCGACUUCAUGGGGGACCUAAUGAACCAUCUCAAAGUACUUGCUUCUGAUGGUAGUAACUCUGGCAACAGUUCUGAGAAGUGUCCUAAAUUUUUGACUGUGACCGAACGUCUCCAAUGUUGCAUUGUUGCUUUUAAAGUGAUGAGGAAUAAUCUUGAUGCUCUGAAUGUUGAUUUGCAAGACUUCUUUGUCCAUCUUUACCGUCUUAUACUUGAAUACAGGCCUGGAAGAGAUCAAGGAGAGGUGUUAGCAGAAGCUUUGAAGAUAAUGUUGUGUGAAGAUAAGCAACAUGACAUGCAAAAGACUGCUGCAUUCAUAAAGCGUUUGGCUACACUGUCGCUGUGCUUUGGAUCUGCUGAGUCCAUGGCUGCAUUGGUCACAGUAAGGCAUCUCCUUCAAAAGAAUGUGAAGUGCAGAAAUCUGUUGGAAAAUGACACUGGAGGGGGCUCAGUUUCUGGAACAAUCCCAAAAUAUCAAACAUAUUCCACGGAUCCCAAUUUAAGUGGAGCUCUUGCUUCUGUGCUUUGGGAACUCAAUCUUUUGUCCAAGCAUUAUCAUCCUUCUAUAUCAACAAUGGCCUCUGGUAUAUCAAGCAUGAGUGUUGCACAGAAUCAAGUCAUUCUCUCAAAAACCUCUCCUACACAAGCUUUAAUGGAAAUGUCUCUUGAUCAGGAAUUAACUUUCCCGCAACAUAGUGGCACUAUAAAGUUGAAUAACAAGAAGAGAAGAACAAAUGGUCCUGCAACAUCACCUUCCAUUGUUUCUGCAUCAGUUACUUCAAGUUCAUUCAAUGAGGAUGAGUUGUAUGAGAAACUCAGUUCCCAUUUUACGCUUCUUCGCGACAUUAGGGAGAAUGAAAGGUUGAGAAAGGAGUUGGAUAAGACUACACUAUCACUACAGCUAUAUGAACAAUAUAAGAAACAAAAGCAAAGAUCAAAACCAAAGAAGAAAGCCAUUGCUUAAUAGAUGUAUAUGGCUUAUAUAUAACAUGAAAUUUUGUAGUUUUAUUUUGGUUGUUUCUGUAGUUGUGAAAACCAGACCAAUUAUCAAUCAGGUAAGAGGACUAGAGCCAUUGGUCACCAGUUUUGUGCCGGUUUGGUGUACCUGCUGAUAAAGUGUAAAAUUAUUUUUUGAUUAAAAGAGAGCGAUAUUCAUUUUACAGAA